AUGGGCCACGGUCACCACAAUAUCCGCUUCGACGGCGAUCCGUAUGCUCUGUCCGGAGCCUGGAGCCCGCCGACAAGUCGCGCAAAUUUCUGCGAAGAAGAUUACGCCUUGACCUUUUACCUCGCCGAAUUCAUCAAUUCGUUGACCAACGUUGCCUACGUCUACUAUGCCCUGCAAUACAUGUACGGCCCCGGCAGCCGCGGCCUUCUGCGGCCCAACGUCGACUUCAUGUCCUCCACGCUCUUCGUCCUCGGCAUCGGCUCCUUCCUCUUCCACGCCAGCCUGCGACAAGCCCUCGAGUUCGUCGACGAGCUCUCCAUGAUGGCCCUCCUCUGGUCCAUGCUGCACGCCGUACUCACCGUCCGCCAAACGCCCCGCGCGGCCCGCGCCCUCUCCGCCCUCCUCGCCGUCGUCUUCCUCACCUUCACCGCCUUCUACCUGCGCACCCCGCUCAUCAUCUACCAGGUCGUCGCCUUCCUGUCCGGCGUCGGCGUCGUCGUCGCCCGCGUCAUGCACCUCCUCCACCGCGCGCGCCCGCCGCUGCCGCCGCACCGCUGCCGCGAGUGGCGCCGCAGGGCCGUCGGCGCGCUGCUCGUCUGCGUCGUGGGCUACGCCAUCUGGAACGUGGACCUCGAGUGCUGCGCGGCGCUGCGGAGGCUGCGCGCGAGGGUCGGGCUGCCGUGGGCGUGGCUGCUGGAGCUGCACGGGUGGUGGCAUGUCUUGACGGCGAUCGGGGCGGCUCGGUUCAUGACGGUCGCGAGGGAGAUUCGCGAGGAGGUGAGGCGCGAGGAGCAGGAGAAGAAGAAGGAGUGA